AUGAUCAUUGACCGAAAGCUUCUGUUCGCUGAUCAUGUUAAGUACGUUGUUGGGAAGGCUAUGCGAAUUUUCAACAAACUAUGCAUUUACACCCGACCAACCUGGGGAGCCCAUCCCGAUAACGUGCAAACCAUCUAUCGACAGGUCAUUGAGCCUACAAUUACAUACGCAGCAGGUAUCUGGGGUCAAGCGGCGAAAAAACGAUAUGUAAGGAAGCUCUUGGAGUCGGCCCAAAGGGGAUUUGCAAUAAAGGCAAUUAGGGCCUUUAGGACAGUCUCAACGGUGGCAGCGGUCGCUCUGGCUCAAUUUGUGCCCUUGGACCUCAGGGUCCUGGAGGUACAUGAAGUUGAGACAGUUCGACUGAAAGGGGCAACCAACUUAAUACCAAGGGAUAUACAAUAUGAGAGGCCCACACCUGUGCAUGAGUUAUUACAUCCGUCAAAAAGAAUAAGUAUUGAGUGUGCAGACCUGAAUUCGGAAAAUCUAGAACAGGAAACAGCGCCUAUUCGAAUCUAUACAGAUGGAAGCAAGCUCGAGAAUGGCGGUGUGGGAGCGGCUUUCGUCUGUUUCGAAGGUUCAAAAGUUAUAUACAAAAAGAGGCUGAAACUACAUACUAGCUGCUCUGUGUUCCAAGCGGAACUCUUGGCGAUUAAAGAGGCUUGCGAGUGGACUUUGGACCGGAGAUUGAAGCAAGGAGACGAAAGACCCCAAAGGGGCACAAGGAUGCACAUGGGCUGCAAGGAGGUUAUACAGAUCUUGAGUGACUCUCAGGCGGCACUGAGAGCACUCCAAAAGAGAUCUAACACCCACCCCAUUGUGGCAAAGACUCAUGACACAAUAUAUACAGCUGCUCAAGUGGAUCUUAAUUUCAUAUUCUCAUGGGUUAAGGGCCAUGCAGGCGACGCAGGUAACGAAAUUGCUGAUGAGACAGCCAAAGGCGCUGCCACACAACACAAAACCCCUGACUACGCGAAGUUCCCUAUGAGCUUUGUAAAAAGGACUAUGAGGGAAAAAACUUGGAGAACUUGGCAGACAAGAUAUGAAAGCGCGGAACAAGGAGCGCGCACAAAAGAAUUACUCCCAAAACUGACGGACAUUUGA